AUGGCGAGCGUCUCCUUGAAUAUCACAGUGCCCUUCAAAGGCCAUGAUAAUUCGGCAGUGGCCUGCAGAAAGGCUCUCGACAGCACAACGGUCGCAGCUCAUGAGUCGGAGAUCUACUGUAAGGUCUGCUAUGGGCGCAGGUAUGGCCCCAAGGGGAUCGGGUACGGACAAGGCGCCGGCUGUCUCAGCACGGACACAGGCGAGCACCUCGGCCUCCAGUUCCAACAGUCCCCAAAGUCGGCACGCUCAGCCACCACCAGCAGCAACCCUUCCAAGUUCACUGCAAAGUUUGGAGAGUCAGAGAAGUGCCCUCGAUGUGGGAAGUCGGUCUAUGCUGCUGAGAAGGUCAUGGGAGGUGGCAAGCCUUGGCACAAGACUUGUUUCCGCUGCGCCAUCUGUGGGAAGAGUCUGGAGUCCACGAAUGUCACUGACAAAGAUGGGGAGCUUUAUUGCAAAG